UCUCAAAUUUCCUAUUUUUUCAAGUUUCAGUUAAUAAAUAGGAAAAAUGUCAAGAUAUGAUAGAGCUAUCACUGUCUUUUCUCCUGACGGACAUCUAUUUCAAGUUGAAUAUGCACAAGAAGCUGUAAAGAAGGGAGCUACGGCUGUGGGAGUUCGUGGCAAAGACAUCGUUGUUCUUGGAGUUGAAAAGAAGUCAGUUGCUCAACUUCAGGAAGAACGAACUGUGCGAAAGAUUUGUACGAUUGACGAUCAUGUGUGUAUGGCAUUUGCUGGUUUAACAGCAGAUGCAAGAGUUAUCGUGAACAAAGCAAGAAUUGAAUGUCAAAGUCAUCGACUUACUGUGGAAGAUCCAGUGACUGUGGAAUAUAUUACAAGAUACAUUGCUACUGUUAAACAGCGUUACACACAAAGUAAUGGGCGCCGACCAUUCGGAUUGUCAGCUUUAAUAGUUGGGUUCGAUUACGAUGGGACGCCACAUCUUUAUCAAACUGAUCCAUCUGGUACCUACCAUGCUUGGAAGGCUAAUGCAAUUGGACGAAGUGCUAAAACGGUGCGGGAGUUCCUGGAGGAAAAUUACAACGCUGACACUGCUGCAAGUGAGGUGGAAACGGUGAAACUUACGAUCAAAGCUCUUCUGGAGGUUGUGCAGUCCGGGAGCAAGAGCAUGGAGAUUGCGGUGAUGAGAAGAAAUCAUCCUCUUCAGAUUUUGGAAUCCGCUGAAGUUGAAAAAGUAGUUGCUGAGAUAGAGAAGCAGAAAGAAGAAGAAGCUGAAAAGAAGCAAAAGAAAAUGAAGAAGUCAUCAUAGAAAUCACAUAGAAACAUUAUAUUACUGCUAUAAAGUUCCUCUGAAUGGAAAAAACUUUUGUUGUUGUUUAGUGAAUGAAGGAACUAAAAUGACACCACUUAGCUACUAUGUGCUAAUAAAAUUCUUUAUAUUCAUGAUUU